AUGAUUGAAAGAAGAGCAAGUGAGAAAUGGGACAAGAAUGAAAAUUUAAAAGGCUGCCUGUUUGAGGAUGACCUUUGCAAAUCUUUUGAAGUCUGUGUAAAUGAUGGAAUAUUUGGGAGAUGUCAGCGAGUGCCAGUAAUAGACAUCUAUAAAUAUGACAUUUCAGCCCCUGUUCUGCAGCACCUGAGGAUCAUCCUGGAGCAGCUCUCACACAGAGGUUUUACCUGGCAAGAUGAUUACACACAGCAUGUUAUUGGUCAGGAGCUCUCAACCAUUCACAAAAUCCACAGCGGACGCCCUGAUAUGUUUGCAUCUGAAGGAUCUGACACAGGAAGGGCUUUGGGACAGAAUGAAGAUAAUGAAAGAAAUUAUGAUGUGGAAAAGGAUGUGAACUUGGCCAAAUCUCUUCAGCAAUAUCUUAAGUAUCUCAGAAUUCUCUCCCAGUCUGCAUCUAAAAAUUUGUACCCAAGGAUGACAAGUGACAAAACUUCUGUCAAGAGCUACAUCUACAAUGACCCCACGAGGUUCUACACGAGGCAGAGCCCCAAGGAGCCAGCAGCUGCUUUGGGCCGCGCGUCCCAGUGGCAGCAGGAAUUCCCGGGGAGCCCCCGCGGGACCCUGAGCCAGCCGGAGCCGGGAGUGGGAGUGGGGAUGGCCCAGAAGAGCCGGGCGGCAGCGCUGCACUCCUACAUCACCCAGAACCUGUCCGCACAGAGCAGCGAGAAAAGCCCUCCCAGCAGGACGAAAGGGCCUCAGCUUCAUGCCGAGAGAUUGUACUCUACUCAAGUCAGUCCUUUUGGUGCAACCUUUGACAAAGGAAAAGCAGAAGAUUUCAAAAUGAGGAAGCUGUUCCAGCCCAGGCCCAUGCCUGGAGUGCUGAGGCCAACCCCUGAGAUGCUGAGCCACAAAUCUGCUUCCCAGGAUGAGCCAAAGGACCCUCUGAGAAUUGUGGAUGAGACACUGAUUAAAAAUGUAUUGAAGGACCUGGAGAAACAUCAAGUGAAUGUGGAGAAUCUCAGCUCAACAGAACUGGAUGAAAUUGCUGAUACUAUUGCCACUGCAAUUCAAAGUGCUGACAUUCAGGAAGAAACAGAAGAAAAUGGAAAAACUGGAAAAACUAAAGAAGACAAAACAGAAGCACAAAUGAAAAAAGGAGAUGCUCAAGGAAGGGCAGAGCUUCUGACUGGAUUAAUGGAAAACAAUGUUAAUAUCCCAGACAAUGGAGUGCAUGAAGCCAGUGUGAGAACAGAUAAAGAGGAGAACACUGCAAAACUAAUUAGAUUCUUGAAUGAGAAUGCAUUAGCUGAAAAUAUGCAUAAAGACCUUUUUCCUGAAGAAUCUACAAAGACGCAAACUAAGAAAUCUGAAGAAACUGACCCUUCUUCCUCAGAAGAAACAAAUGCUGGUGUAGAAAAUGUAAAAAGUGAGACUUUCUCAAGGGAGCUGACAACUGCAAAGAACGGGGAAUCUGACUCCAAAGACCCGAGCCAGGGCUACUGGAUUAAGAAUGCUUUAAUGCAGGAAGGAAACUCCUAUGAAAAGCCUCAUAAAAACACGGGACAAGGCUUACAACUUGAAGUGAAAUCUUCUGAGGAUGAAGAAUAUGGCUAUAUUGUGACAGUGAAAGACCCCCUGAGUGUGGAAAAGGGCUUGGAGUUAAUAAAGGAAGUGGCAGAUCUCCUGAAGCUGCAGAUGAGUGUCUUCGAUGAUGUCAACGUGCUGGGACCAGCUGUGACCUUCCGAGUGCACUCAAACCUCCAAAAUAUUUCAACUGCAGAUGUUGCCAAAGAAGCAGCUAUAAACAAAGAGAAGCUUGAAAAAACAACUGGACUGAAAAUUCUGCAGACUGGUGUGGGGGAGAAAAGCAACGUCCCGCCGCUCGCUCAGCGCGGGGAAGAGGCAGAGUCCGCGAAAUUCCUCCUCCUCACCCUCCUCUCCCUCGCCUGCAUCGCCGGGGUCCUGGCAGCGUCGGGGGUCGCCUACUGCCUCCGCCACCGCGCCCACCACCGCCUGAAGGAGAAGCUCUCGGCCCUGGGGACUGACGCCGGCUCCGAUGCGCCCGCUGCUUACCAGGAGCUAUGCCGCCAGCGCAUGGCGGUGAAAGCCCCUGAGCGCCCGGAGCCGCCGCCCUCGUCGCGGAUCAGCAGCGUGUCGUCGCAGCUGAGCGAUGGGCCGGCGCCCAGCCCCUCGGCCCGCAGCAGCACCUCGUCCUGGUGCGAGGAGCCCGUCCAGCCCAACAUGGACAUCUCCACCGGUCACAUGAUCCUGUCCUACAUGGAAGAUCACCUGAAAAACAAGAAUCGUCUGGAGAAGGAGUGGGAAGCUCUGUGUGCUUACCAGGCCGAGCCCAACGACAGCAGCGUGGCGCAGCAGGCGGAGAACGCCCCGAAGAACCGCUCGCAGGCUGUGGUACCGUAUGACCAUUCCAGGAUAUGUCUGAAAGGUGAAAGUAGCCACGACAAUUCAGACUACAUCAAUGCCAGUCCAAUUAUGGACCAUGACCCCCGAAAUCCUGCAUAUAUUGCCACCCAGGGUCCUCUCCCUGCUACUGUUGCUGACUUCUGGCAGAUGGUCUGGGAGAACGGCUGUGUCGUUAUUGUCAUGCUGACACCCCUCGUGGAAAACGGAGUCAAACAGUGCUACCACUAUUGGCCAGACGAAGGGUCAAACCUCUACCACAUCUACGAGGUAAAUCUUGUCUCUGAGCACAUCUGGUGUGAGGAUUUCCUCGUGAGGAGCUUCUACCUGAAGAACCUGCAGACCAACGAGACCCGCACAGUGACACAGUUCCACUUCCUCAGCUGGAAUGACCAGAGGGUUCCUGCUUCCACCAGAUCCCUCCUGGAUUUCCGCAGAAAAGUAAACAAGUGCUACAGGGGUCGCUCUUGUCCAGUAGUUGUUCAUUGCAGCGAUGGUGCGGGAAGAAGUGGAACCUACAUUCUAAUUGACAUGGUUCUCAAUAAAAUGGCCAAAGGUGCUAAAGAGAUUGAUAUUGCUGCUACCCUGGAGCACUUGAGGGACCAGAGACCAGGCAUGGUCCAGACAAAGGAGCAGUUUGAGUUUGCUUUGACAGCGGUGGCAGAGGAGGUGAAUGCAAUACUCAAGGCCCUUCCCCAGUGAGCAGCUCAGUCUCCUGAAGGUUCCCACAGAAUCCAUCCCUCGUUUUCCUCAUCCUCAGCCCCUAUGAAUGUUCUUGGAAACCGUGACCUGACCUUAACUGUGUAUCUUCUGUUGUAACCACAUAGUGAUAGGGUCCUUACAAACUCCUUUAGCUGGUAAAAGUUCAACAGUUAAAAUGUGUAUUCUGUUUUUUGGGGGGUUUUAAAUGAAUUUUUAAAAG